CAUGUCAGUAACAUUUUCUGACUUUUCUGUAAACAAUUAAAAAUAAGCGUCGCGAAUGUUCUUUGUCUUCUUUCUGAUUAUAAAUAUUGUGCACGUAUUAUAAUAUCCAUAUUUAUGUUUUUUUAAUCCUUGAACAGUGGGUAUAAUAAUGCAUCAUGGUAAAUGCUAUGAAAGGAGUUCUUGUUGAAUGCGAUCCGGCAAUGAAGCAGUUCCUUCUCCACUUGGACGAAACUCUCGCACUUGGUAGAAAAUUUAUCCUACAAGACCUAGACGAAACACAUUUGUUCAUAUCUUCAGACAUCGUCGACACAUUACAAGCUCGUGUCGACGACUUAAUGGACCAACUUAGCUUCCCUAUUCAUGAUAAAGGAUUGUAAAAAAAUAAAAUGACGUCGA